GAUAAACCUGCAUUCUGCCUCUGCCUCUGGUCAGAGACAGUUGAAGCUUCACAGCACAAUUAACAAGCAGCAGCAGAUGAAAACAGAGGAUCGUAAAUAAAAUUGAGGAGACAAAAAAAAGAGAGAACGAGAGCGACGGAUGCAGGCUGCUAUUUAAAGCUGCACCAGGAGAAGAGACAAGAAAAGAUUCGGUGGACUCAACAAAGAUCAUCCGUAAAGCUAUGCGGCCGCGGUCCAGACUGCUGUCCAAGAGGAGACUGACGCUGCCCACAAUCAGAGAGGGCAGCGAGGAGACGGUUAGAGAUUUGAACGAAGCCAACACGCUCCAUAAUUCUGGUCACUGCCAGGCUUUGUCAUCGGAGGACUACCUCCUCUCCAUCUGCCACCUGGCCCACCCCACUUUUCCCAGCCGGGAUGUUUCCCCGGACACUUUCCACACACAGCAGCAGGACACUGCGCAGCAGAAGCUGAGGCCAUCGUGGAUUGAAUACAACCCGAAAGAGGAGGCACGUGCUGCUGAUGCGCAGCAGGCAGAGGGGAAAGAACUAAACAGACAGCUGAAGUUUGGCAACUCUGACCCUCUUGAGUAUAUUUAUGGACACCAGAACAGCUUCUCUACCCUCUCAGGAGGUAGGAGGAGAGCAUUUGUCGAGGGGAGGUUUAUGAGGCAGCACGGCAGCGUAUGGGAGAGCAGAGUGUGCGUGCGAGCCCACAGCAUUGCCCUUGGUUCAAAUCCAGAUUUCCCACAACAACAUGAGGGCAGUUGCUCUGAAUUAAACAGCAAAACUGACACUUCAGUUCCAAACAUCUCCCCAAAACACACCUUGGCCAGGUCGGAGGCCAGCAUAGCUUGCAGAAAGGCAGAGGGAGAGAGGCUGAAUCCAGCCAUCAAACAGUCCCUCAUCUCUCAGUGGAUCUCUGACUGCAGGCUGGCAUGGAGGGAGGCACGCACUCGAGCCUGUAUGCUUCCUGCCAUUGCUGAGGUGUAGCAUGUAAAUGGACAGUCAAUGUAACAUUCUCCAGUAAAUUAUUCUAAUCUUUUGUGUCAGUGCAUGAGACAUUGACAUUAGGAGACACAUAGAAAUACACAUUUGAAAAGAUACAGAGACAAGUAAAGACUACUACAAUUGUCCAUCUGUAACAUUAUAUCAGUGUUAAUAUUCACUAUUACAACCUUUCUGCUCUUAAUGUAUGCCAGUGAUCAUAACAAACCAUGAAAAUGAGCAAUUCUGUAAUGUCCUUUUUAAUAUCUUCCAGUGUUUGUAAAUGACAUGAAGAAAUAAAGCAGUCUUUUGAUA